UCUCCAUUUUUCUCUUUGUUAUUCAGUAUUCACUCAUUAGUGAUGAAACCAACGAUACAGUGGUUUGUAGCGGUGGUGUUCUUGGCUGUGGUGGCUAGCCACCGUGCCAAUGGGGUGAUUCAGUGCAACGACGCGGUGUCAAAAGUGGUUCCAUGUGAAACAUAUUUGCUGAGUGGCGAUAUAACACCAAGCGUUGCAUGCUGCACCGCUGUACAGGAUCUGGACAAGAUAGCCAUGGCGUCGCAGCCGGAUCGUAAGGCCAUUUGCGAAUGUUUUAAGGAGACUGCAAAAUCUUUUCCCGUCAACUUGGAAAAAGCCCAGAAACUCCCCGACCUCUGUAAAGUCAACAUUAAAGUAACAAUCAACCCCAAUGUUGACUGUGACCGCAUAUGACGGACGCUAGACUACUGGAAAUAAUGGCGUCAUAAAUAAGGAUAGCCUUGACUGUGGCAGUCGAGUAACGUUGUUUGAGGGGAAAUGUUGUUUAUUUAAUCGUUGUAUCAAUCGAUCUUCAUGUCUUAAUGGAAGAGUAUGUAUUAAGAAAAUUUCUAGUUCCAAUCCUUUCUUUUUCUUUAA